AAACAGACAAAUCCACAUCGUCCGACGAGCUGCUAAGGGAGAACCUGAAAUGGAUCAUUGCUGGUGUGACAAUCAUUUGUGUUGCAGCUACCGUCUCAGUGGCAUAUGGGUGCGGACGAAUGGGAAAACGAUAUUAUGACAAAAUCCAGCGCGAGAACAGACGUCAAUGCACACGAAAAAGUUCAGCUUAUGACGUAGUCGAGCUUCCAGAAUUUCCAAAAACACGUCCUGAAAAGGUCCAGUCGGUAGUUACACCAAGGAUAGGAAAAGAAUGACACCACAGAACCAUACUUUGUUCGACGGCUUCAGUCAAUCAGAAGAUCUGUGUUUUCGUCCGCCUCUACGGCUUCGGGUUACAUGAACAUGAUGCUCCCACAAGACAUCUCCACUUCCAGAACUCGUUCCAAGAAAGACCAACACGAGGAAACAAGUUACGCUAUACCAGAUGUUACCCCGAGAAUCCCGACACCAUCACCUAUCCCGCGGAGGGAUAAAAAGCCAGUCGCACAUCAAACAUUGUCGCCAAGGACGACUAGGGUGAAGCCACCAUCGAUAUCAACACUGCCGUCACGUUUACAUAAAAUUCGGAACGCGUGUCAACGGAAACAACAUCAUGUAGGUUUAAACCAAAAUUACACCGAGUUGACAAAGUAUUUAGACCGGCACUCGCGAACGAAAGAGGUGAUUCACAGACUCAGACUGUAGAAAAUACAAAUCCGGAUGGUCGUUCGACAAACAGUGACAAUGCGAAUAACAGAGAAUCAGUGUGUGAAAUAUGGCAUCCUACGAAGCCUGGAUUCAAGAGUAGUUCGUUCGGACUCAAAGAGAUAUCGAAAACAUGGAUUUUGAUCAUGAUGAAUGAUGCAUGAAUUUCUUAAAAUCUGAUUUAUCGUUGCGUUAUACAACUAUUAAUGCCACUAUGGUGAUUGGUUUCGAUUUUGUUUACUAAAUUGCCAAUUAUUGUACGGAGUUGUUGCAAUACAUGGAAGUUAAAUGAUGAUUUCCUUUCAUUUAUCAUUAAGAUGACUAGUCACCUCUUUAUGUAGAAGAGCGGAUAUAAAUUAUUUCCCUUUUAUGCCAAUUGUACUUCGCUUACCAUAUAUGGUGUUUGAUAGAUUUUAAAAGGAAUCUGCCGAAAAUUAAUUUCACUGACACACGUGCAUGGACAACAAUUGGUUUCGGUUUCACAAUUAUGUUUCCUUUAAAUUAAUCAUCCAUGUUUCAUCAUGUUAUUGAUAUAAGUUAGUGUUGUCAUUAAAAUUUAAAUAAUUAAUUACCGAGUUUUAAUCAAAAAUGCGGACCUUCUUCUUUUUAGCCGUGUCUCUUUUCAGCUGCGUAACGCAAACCAGCGGUGGCGAAAUUUCGCCAAAGCUUACACCCUUGAACAGCUCACAUGACUGUCAGAAUUGUUUGUUUACUGAAUUGGGUGUUCCUUUUACAUUCAAAUGUAAUCUUGCAAAAGACACCCCUUUGACUGUCGUAGAAUUCAAGUUAGGAUCAAACAUUGGCUUUACAGGUCAAAGAGAAUCAACUGGCGUCUAUGUAUAUAGGUCAUACACGAUCCGGGAGGAAAUUCAUUUGUUAAAUGUAAGAUGUAUUGCAUCCGUGGCAUCCAGCACUUUUUCUUAUGAAACUGAGGAAACAAAUGCUACGUUGUAUGUCACCAGGAGAUCUUCUCGGGAGAGCCCAUCACAAUAUGUGAAUCAACAUACAGACCCAAAUUCAACAGGCAGUAAUUAUGAAGUUCCUGACAUCCUAGAGCCUUCCAAGGAGGCGAAAGAUUAUGAGAAUGAGAAAGACCGAUAUGAGCAUACUCCACCUGGUACAUAUGACCAUAUAUACACAGCACCGUUGGAACACCAGUAUUCAGCGCUUGAUGCAACGAAAUAA